UUGCUUCCUUUUUUUUGCAUAUCGGGCACAUUUCAGUAUCUGCUCUCUCUGUAUCCAAACCCUAAUGGAGCGAACUGGCAUCAGUCCAUUUACUACGUGAUUAUCGUGACGUAAGACGUGCCCAGUUGCCUCUGCGUCCGUGACAAUGGGACCAUAUCACUUUUAGGGACCUGGUAGUAUAAAAAGCCAGAGAGAAGUCCGGGCUCUGCCACACAGACAGCGGGAAACCGCUGAAGACCGACUGGGCGAGAGAUGGGGAAGUUUGUACUGUUAACCUGUCUGGCCUUUCUGCCAUUGGUUCUCAUUGAGGCUACCAACAUAGCUACCAGCACAGCUGUUAUCCCCACAAACAGUACGACAGUACCAGCAACUAUCUCCUCAAACCCAGUCAGCAACCAACCCUUAACAAACACCACGUUUCCAAACAAUUCCUCCAUGAUGACAACCUCCAAUAACAACAUCAGCAUUAAUGUCACCAUUGAACCUCCGACCACACCUGUCUCCAACCAUACAACUACGGCCGCUAGAACCCUGGGCCCACAGUCCACACACUCUACUCAAGUCACUUACAUCACCACCACCGCAACCACCGCAACCACCGCAACCACCCAAACCCCCACAACCCUGGAGUCCCUGCAGACCACGGAGUACAACGCAGCAAACCAAACCAACAUAACUGCUACCAGCCAUAUGUCACCAACACCCGAUGGAGGUACAUCAGCCCUGCUGGGCUCUUGCAGUCUCCUUCUGGGGCCCCUGAUCUCCAUAAUGAUCCAAAUGGUAUAUGACUAAGAACACAGCCCUGCGGAAACACUUUACUGGCCCAUGUUUCCCGUUUCCUUCUACAGAUCUUGACCUAUGAAAAUGCACUCUAAAAGAGUACAUUACUUCACAUUAAUUCACUAAGAACUGUGUGCAGUUUCACAGGUGCAGGCUUCGUAACAAUGAAGAAUAAUCAUGGAAAAUGAAUAAUAACAAUGAAUAAUAAUAAUGAAUGAUAAUUACGGAGUUGCUAUAUAAAAAGUGGAAAUUGUAGUAGGUGAGCUGUGUAUACUAUUUGUUAGGCAUGGGCAUGUACCUUGCUAAUGUCACACACCUUGCAUUUAUUGUAUGAAGGAGCUAUGAAGUGCUUUGGGACCGAGAAAGACAGAUCGAAAUGACGAGCACUGAGCCCCACCCCCCGAUUCACCACUGCCAAUGACUGGUGCCCCCCACCAUGAAUAUUUAUAUCACCCAUACGCAAUAUUCCCGAAAACAUAAUCAGGAGCACAAGCUACAAACAUUCUUACAAUUGACAUACACAUAGAACAUGUGAAACGUUUGAUUGUAUUGUAGCUGUGAAUAAAAAACAUACUUGUAAAGUA